AUGGCGCCAUCUGCCUUCGAAGAGCUCUGCCGUGAGCGACAUGUUCAGCCCGAGGAGUGGCGAGGCAAACUCGCCACACCGAUCAUUGCGGACAAAAGCUUGCAAGAGAUGACCGAUAGCGAGAUCGAAGACUACAACCGAAAAGUGCAAGAGAGGGCGCAGGAAGUCAGAAAAGACCGUGCCCUCUUGGCGCUGGAGAAAGCGCAGGACGGCAGACUCGAGCGGAAAGCGACCAAGGUCUGGAACCAGCACGCCAGGGAGAGAGUCAAGAUUCCGGCCGAGCAGGUACCUGAGAUGCUGGAGUCUCUCACCUUCGAGGUUUCGAACAACGAGAUGCACUUCCUGCUGGGCAUCUUCGGAGCGACCCAGGGCUCUGACAUUAACCUGGAGCACGAGCUGACUCAAAACGACUGGCACUGGCUGGUUGGGGAGUGUCAGAUCCUGAAGGAAUCUUACAAAUUCUUCUUCCGCAGAGAGGAAUGGGAAGUUCAGUACACGGAUCAGCUUCAGAAGUUAACGCUCAAGGAUCUUUGGACAACGAAGGGACGUUCCAAUCAAGGAGCGCACAGGGUCGGCUGGUGGUGGACUACAGGAGAAAAGGCCGGCCAGGCCAGCGUCCUACAAAAGUUCGCUUGGGGCGCACAGCCGGAGGUGGAAGAGGAGUUGCUUGGGAAGAUGGAGCUCCUCAUCGGGCCUCGGCUCAAGGAUGCAGAUGGCAAGCAGCAGUCGAUGGAAUAG